AUGGUAAACGCUGCCACUGCCCCCUUCGAUGGCACCUUCUCCGAUGGCAUGGCCCUGUCUCUGCUGCAGUGGGAGAAUACUGUCCUCCGGGCAUUCUGUGCCCUGCAGGCCUCCCAAGCCCACCCUGUUGCUGCCAGGCUUUUAGGAGCCUUAUGCACCAUCCCUCUUCAAGAUUCAGAAAGAUCCGAUAAUCCUCUUCCAGAUGUGCGUAUCCUAGGCCUGCGCAAGCGAUACCAGAGCGCAGGCCUGCGCUCUCCAUUGGCCGGCGGCUGGCCCGGUCUACGGCUCGCGCCCGGGAAGGUCGGCGGCGCAACGCGGUUGCCUCGGGGAGGGUGCGCGGGGACGCGACGGGGCCGGGCGCGGCAGAGACGCAGCGGGUGGGGGCGACGGCGGCGGCGGCUCGGGGAAGCGGCUGAGUCUCAUCCCGCCGCGGCCGCAGCCAGCGGCGCCCGAGCUCCAAGGCGCAUCCCGGGCGCGCGGCCCGAGCGGCCAAGACGGCGGGCCGGCCGGGCGCGGGGCGGCGCGCGCUGUGCUGCGGGCUGCGCUGGUGGGGAGCCGCGGGCCGCGGCGGGGGUCCCGGGCCCGGCGUGUGCGGCUGGGAGGCGCUGUGGGGUGUGGGCGCGCGGGCGGCGGCCGGGGCUAUGGCCGAGGGCGGCGGGGGGCGCGCGGAGGAGGGCUCCAGCGCUGCUGGAGGCAGCCCGUGCACGCUACGAGAGCCUGCACAUCUCGGACGACGUGUUCGGCGAGUCGGGCCCGGACAGCGGCGGGAACCCCUUCUACAGCACCUCCGCAGCCUCGCGCUCCUCCUCGGCCGCCUCCUCGGACGAUGAGCGUGAGCGCCCCGCGCCUCCGGGGACCGCCCCGCCACCCCACGCCGCGGAUCCCUUGGAACUCGAGGAGGACGAGACCAGUGGGGGCUGGAGCGCCGUGCUGAGGGAUCGCCCGCCCCCGCGCUUCGAGGACACCGGUGGUCCAACCAGAAAGAUGCCGCCCAGCGCUAGUGCAGUGGACUUCUUCCAGCUCCUCGUCCCGGACAAUGUGCUCAAGAACAUGGUGGUACAGACCAACAUGUAUGCCAGGAAGUUCCAGGAGCGAUUUGGCAGUGACGGUGCCUGGGUGGAGGUGACGUUGGCAGAGAUGAAGGCCUUCCUGGGCUACGUGAUCUCUACCAGCGUCUCGCACUGUGAGUCGGUACUCAGCAUUUGGAGCGGAGGCUUCUAUAGCAACCGGAGCCUGGCCCUCGUCAUGAGCCAGGCCCGCUUUGAGAAGAUCCUCAAGUACUUCCAUGUUGUGGCCUUCCGUUCCAGCCAGACCACGCAUGGGCUCUACAAGGUCCAGCCCUUCCUCGACUCCCUGCAGAGUGGCUUUGAUGCUGCUUUCAGGCCGUCUCAGACCCAGGUGCUACAUGAACCCCUGAUCGAUGAGGACCCCGUGUUCAUCGCUACGUGCACGGAGCGGGAACUGCGGAAAAGGAAAAAGCGGAAAUUCAGCCUGUGGGUCCGCCAGUGCUCUUCCACCGGGUUCAUCAUCCAGAUCUAUGUCCACCUAAAGGAAGGCAGCGGCCCAGAUGGCCUGGACGCUCUGAAGAACAAGCCACAGCUACACAGCAUGGUGGCCCGGAGCCUGUGCAGGAACGCGGCCGGGAAGAACUACAUCAUCUUCACGGGGCCCAGCAUCACCAGCCUCAAUCUGUUUGAAGAAUUUGAGAAGCAAGGGAUCUAUUGCUGUGGCCUCCUCAGCUCCAGGAAGAGUGACUGCACGGGCCUCCCUCCAUCCAUGUUGACCAACCCUGCCAUCCCACUUGCCCGGGGCCAGCACCAGAUCAGGACAAAGGGCAACAUGUCUCUAAUCUGCUGGUAUAACAAGGGGCACUUCCGCUUCCUGACCAACGCCUACUCCCCUGUGCAGCAAGGUGUCAUCAUCAAGCGGAGGAGCAGGGAAAUCCCCUGCCCUCUGGCCGUGGAGGCCUUUGCCGCUCACCUCAGCUACAUCUGCAGAUACGACGACAAGUACAGCAAGUAUUUCAUCUCUCACAAGCCAAACAAGACGUGGCAGCAAGUCUUCUGGUUUGCCAUCAGCAUCGCCGUCAACAACGCCUACAUCCUGUACAAAAUGUCAGACGCCUACCACGUGAAGAGGUACAGCCGGGCGCAGUUCGGAGAGAGACUUGUCAGGGAGCUGCUGGGCCUGGAGGACACAUCACCAGCCCUCUGAGACUGCUGGCCCAGGGGUGCCAGGGACAAGGAAGGAGCCUGUCACCUGCCUGCCCGUUGGAGGGCCCGUGUGUGGUCAGAGGUCUGCUUUCCGCCAUCUCUCACACAAAGGGUGGCAUCCCAGAGCCUGACACAGGUGACCAGAUGGGCUGCGACCUCGGAAGGUACCAGCAGUGGGGCCAGUGGACCACACUCUGCUUUUCAGAG